AUGGGAAUAGAAAGAAGUGAUAAGACCGGGCAACGGAAGGGGCUGUCUGAUCGGAGACGAGCUAUUUCAAAAAGGCUCAAGCAAUUUGAUCUGUAUAACGAAUUUGGCUAUGAAGGGUUCCUGGACGACGAUGAUGAUGAUCCUCCACAGGUCAACGAUUUUGUGCUGCAAUGGCUUUUCGCGGAGGGGUUCGAGCCGAACGGUUUUCCGAGCAUCCGCGCUCUACCACAAUGGCAUCUACGGAUCGCACAUGAAAUGGUCAUCUACUACAAGAAGCAUGGAGUUGUUCCGGACUAUUUUUGC